AUGGCUCUUCCCGUUAAAGACUCGGACCCCCCUCAGGGGUCCAACUCCACAAUAGGUCGACCCAACGCUAAUCCCAUAGCUACUAAUCCACCACUACCAUCAUAUGCUCAAACCGCAUCCACCAAACCCACUCAGGUCGCAUCCAUCCUGUUUUCCACCCUCCCUGCCUCGCCCUCUCAUGACUCACUUCUCGGCUCUGUCCCCGCCAACAAGAUUAUUGGUGUGUCUUUCCCAUCCAAACAAUCUACAAUGCAUGAGAUGCAUCUUACCGACUCUACUACAUGUCUGGACAUUUGCUCCAAAGGCUUCCUGGUCAAUGAUGAACGGUUUUUCCCUUCCCAAGGAAUAUCUACUGGUACCAAAACUCUUCACCUCUACCUCACAAAUCUCCCCUUCCUCCCUUGUCAAGACCUUGAACAACUCAUUAAGGACAGCCUUGCCAAGUAUGGUAUUAUCCACGAAAUUGGCAUCUAUCUUCGUCGCAGUUGCUUUGAUAGCACUGGAUACGCCUACAUCGAACGACCCCCAACACCCACAACAUCGCUUCUCCCCUUAUCGUACAAGAUCCCCACCUCCGACUCCACCCAUUUCCUGGCUACAUGGACACGCAUGGGUUCUCACUGCAUGUAUUGCCAUGCCAUGAGCCACAACAUCGAAGCCUGUCCUAUCCGCCCCCAAGACUCCCGCAAAUGUUUUACCUGCCAUGAAACCGGUCACCUUCAAAACACAUGUCCACAAACACCUGCUACAGAAUCCAGACUGUCCAAACGCUCCCGGAAACUACCUAGGACUAUUUUGUCUGCCCAAGACCCAAAGACCCACCCACCACCUCCCCCAGCCCCACACCCUGACUCUGCAUCCCAAUCUAAGACAGAAAAACCUCUGACAACGUCCCUCUCCAAGACAACCCAACCAAAGCGCACCUACGCUACACGCGCAUCCCCUGGCGUAGAAACCGCCAAUCCUUUCGUGGUACUCGCUGAAAUCUUCAAGGCAGCCGAAUCUCACGUGGCUCAAACUCAGGAGAAAUCUGACACCAACCCCGCCAAUCCCCCGUCCACUCCUCUUUACCACAACCUGCAGACUGCCUUAAUCCCAGAGGGCUCCGGUUCCAGUCCCACCAUCCUUGACAAAGAAUUUCACGAAAGCACCUUCAGUGAUGCUGACAGCACCCCCUCCUCCAACAACGAAAUGGAGGAUACCACUACUCCCCAAUUAUGGUUAACAUUGCCACUCUGA